AUGCAAACUGACCAGGUUUUCACGGGUGUCGCUUCAAAAAGUGGAAGAAUAGCUGGCAAUGCGUUGGUCUUGUAUGUCUUCUCCUGCAGGUCGGACCGACUCGUUUCCUCGCUCUUCAUCGUGGUGUUGGCAGUGGUCGACCUGACCACCUGCCUGCUGGUCAUCCCAGUGACCGCAUACCUCGAGUACGUCAGCCUCAACAUCUCCAAUGAUUUCCUUUGCAAGUUCUAUUAUUUUUUCCUCUGCACGACAAUCCUCUACUCGACGUUCGUCAUGGUGGCCAUUGCAGUCGAUCGAUAUUUCUGCCUCUGCCAUCCAUGGCGCCAGGCCGUCACGAAACUUCGAGCGAAGAUUUUGUUAGCCGUCUUAGCUAUAUUCAGUUCGGUGCAUGGCUGUGCGAUUGCCUGCAUGAACGGAGUUUAUCACGACGAUCCAGACCUCGAAAACUUUCAAAAUCAUUUGAAAGUUACUAACUGUUCGGAUUCAGCAACAAGAGAACAACUCCUGAACGAAACAUUAUUUCAGCGCCCAGAUUUUGCCACGCUGGCUUGCAUUCCAAAAAUUCGUGAGGGCACAAACCAGCUGAUACUGGUGAUAAGUAGCGAACUAUGUGGCGAUAGUUUCAAUCUUAUCGGACCGACGGUUCAGUUUGUUUAUAAGCGCAUCAUGUUCGCUAUUUUCGGAUUGAGUGUUCUUGCAGUGUUCAUCCUGUACAUCGCAAUCUACAGAUCAGUAACUGCCAGGCGGGUAAGGAGAAUGCGGAACAGAAGACUGGGAACUCAACCGACACUGAUCGUAGCAUUUCCAAAACAGAGCAUAUCUGUUGUGCCAGGAGACGAGUCCAACACACAAAGCGACAAAUUUGGAGUAGGAAAGGUCACAAAUGUUUCCUCUUCGUCGGUCACUACCAGUAGGAACGGCCCCUUCAAAUCUAACUUGAUUUACAAAUUGAGGAACCGUAAACAUCACGAACCCUUGACCAAAAAACGUCGCUACAACAGCGAGACGAUCUACGAAAAGUUAUUGGACGCCAAUAGAAAUUACUGUCCCUGUCCUAGCAGAAAUCUUGCGGACAACAACGUAAGCGAGCUGAAAGAGAAAGCAUCUGCCGACGACGGUGCCAACAGCCACGCGACCAUCUUAACAUUGAACUGCAUAAGCGCGACGAACAAAACAAGCAAUCUGACAGCUAAAAAUAGACCGAAAAACAAGAUUGAUGACGAAAUUGAAAUUGAUGACAAUUACAAGUCGGUCGGUGACAAGAAACAAUUAAACGCAGAACCUGCAAAUAGGAAUGCCGCUGAUGGCCGUUGCAACGAUGGGGACAACAACAUAAGAAAGAGUAGAACGUUUGACGGCGUGCCUUACGAAAAAUCAACAAACAACAACAUUACACACUACAACAAAAACAACAACAAUGUUAAUUUCAACAGCAACAACAACAACAAUGUUAUUUUCAACAACAACAACGACAACAAUACUGUGAAUUUCAACAACAACAACAACAACAAUGUUAAUAUCAACAACAACAACAACGACAACAAUACUGUGAAUUUCAACAACAACAACAACAACAAUGUUAAUUUCGACAACAAAAUAAACAAUGACGUCAACCCCAACAGCACUACAAACGACAAAGUUAUUUCCAGCAAUACGAGUAAUUCAUUGACAGACGUAACGACCUGCAAACAUGUUGAUGUUAUCAGUAGCAGUGACGAGAACAUUGCAAUAACAAGCAUCAGACCGAGAAACUAUCACAAAAAAGAAAAAACACUAAACCACGAAGUUUGCCAAACGACGAGCCCGAACCAACUAAAAUCGUUAACGACCGUGACAACGAAACCAAUUACAAUCGUCGUCUCAAACCACGCCUGCAACAAUGAAAACGUCUGCAACAACGACAGCAACAAUACAACAUCAACUGCAGUUGCCAACACUAACAAAAUCAUCCUGAACAACAACAUCUGCAACAGACCUAGUCUAGCAACAACAACUGCAGCAGCAGCAACCACACAAGCAACAAAACCAACAUCGUUAGAGAUUCAUGUUAGUGAAAACAUGAAGAUCGCAUUCAUGCUCUUCAUCGUCACUGUCGUAUUUGUCCUCUCCUUCCUUCCCGCCAUAUUAAUUCUUCUACAAAUUUUGCCAUUUCAACCGUUUCUCUUCUACGUCUACUUCAUCAACAACCUGUCCAACCCUGUCAUCUACUCCUUUCUCAACGUCAACUUCAGAAACAAACUGAAACAGCUUCUCUGCUUCAAGAAGAAACAGAACAUCGCUAAAAAGUAA